CCUUCCUUACUCUAUUUAAACUGCUGCGCUCUGCCUUUGUGCCUUUCAAUUCUCAAUUCAAUUGGCGGAAAACGAAAACAAAAUCGGUACUCUUUGGGCAAAGGAAUCGGGGAAAAAGCUGUGAAAAAUAUAAGGGCUGUCAUGGCAUCAUCCAAGGUGAUACCUACGGCGUCACAGACGAAUAACGACCUGCCACGUCAGUCGUCUCUCUGUUCUUCGCUCUCCACUCUCUUCGCCGAUCUUCAGAACCAACAGAACAACAACAAUCCGAACCAAUCUCAGAACGCUCUUGGUUCCAUGAACAUGGACGAUUUGUUGAAAAACAUAUGCUCGUCGCCACCGCCGUCUAAUACCGACGCGCACCCGCAGUUCGCCGGUGUUUCCAUAUCCGGCGAAGGCGAUUUCUCGAUCCCGAAGGAUGUGGCAAGCAAGUCCGUCGAUGACGUCUGGAAGCAGAUCGUGGUCGGUGGCGGUGAUCAGAGACAAGGGGAUCGUCCACCGGAAGGGGUUACUUUGGAGGAUUUUUUGACGAAAGCUGGGGCGGUUAGAGAAGAGGAUGUCAGAGGAGUUGGUAAUCAGGCGGGAGUUGGUGCAGGGGGUUAUGCUGUUGACCAGGGCGUUAUCGACGAUGGCGGGAAUCAUUUUUCGGUGUUUGGAAACAACGGUGGCGUUGAUCAUCAGAGGUUGGUGGCGGUAGCUGGUGGAGGCGCUAGGCGAAAGCGACGCGCCGUGGAGGCCCCUCCUUUAGAUAAAGCGACGCUGCAGAAACAGAAGAGGAUGAUCAAAAACAGAGAAUCUGCUGCGAGGUCCAGAGAACGCAAACAGGCUUAUACGGUUGAAUUGGAAUCACUGGUGACACAACUGGAAGAAGAGAAAGCCCGGUUGCUAAGAGAAGAGGCUGAGCUGAACAAGGAGAGGUUUAAGCAGCUGAUGGAGAACCUAAUCCCUGUUGAUGAGAAACGAAAACCACCGCGAAGAGUUCUCCGGCGAGUUCAUUCGAUGCAGUGGUAAAUAUGUCAGCCAGCUCCUGACCAUUUUUUUCUUUUGGCUUGACAUUUUCAAAGCAUAGAUAAAAAAUGAAUUGCUAGAACCAAUUGAAGCGAGUUAAUAUUUGAAAAGGAACAACAAAGAUAACAUCUAAAAGUUUGUGCAAAGCUUCUGGGAAUAUUUUGGGACUUAGUUUUGCAUAGGAUCCCAUUGCAGUUGAAGAUGGGCGUCUGGUGCUUUAACUUAUUAUGUACUUUUGGUAUUUGCUUAGAUUAAUGUAAAAUGUUUGUGUAAA